AUGGCUGAGAAGACGAAGGAGAAAGCUCCAAGCUCUUCAGAGAACCUGACGUGUCCACUAUGUCUUGAUAUUUUCGACGAGGCAGCCAUCUUGACUUCAUGCGGACACACCUUUUGUCGGAAAUGUCUCAAAAACUAUGACCUGUCCCAUCAGGAUCUCGAUCACAUGAUCUGUCCUCUCUGCAGGAAGAUUACCAAGUUGUUUGCGAACCGUGUCGAUGAUUUGCUCACCAAUGUGACUGUUAACGGACUUGUAGACAAUCACCACGCCAAGUGUGGAGGGAUGAAUGCUGUCCUUGAGAUGCGUCCAAAAUGCACUGCUUGCAAGUUUCACCAAGAUGCUGUCUCAUUCUGCAGAACGUGUAAUAACUACAUGUGCAAUAAUUGCGACUACAGCCACACGCAACUGACAUUAUUCUUUGAAGGUCAUGAUAUUGUGUCCUUACAGGAUAUCAUCGACGGGAAGGUCAGCAUUGGUCACCUAUCCGAAAAGUGCUGCAUCCACAGACAAGAGAAUAGAGAUAUGUUUUGUGGGGAAUGUAAGGUCCAUGUCUGUCUCAAGUGCGUGAUCGUCGGUCAUCAAAAUCAUAACAUCAAGAAUCAGGCUGACUUCGAGCAAGAGCUACGGCUAAAGGUGAACGAUCUUGUCCAGCGAUGUGCCGCUAAGAAGACAGAACUGGAGAAGAACAUUCAGAAUGUUGAAGUACAACGCCAUGAAGUCUACACUGCCGCGCAGAAACUACUGGACGAUGUCAGUCAAGCCUUCAGCAUCAAGGCCAAAGAGCUUAAAGAAAAUCAUCGACAUCUUAUCGAGCAAAUCAAUGUAGUAAAGCAGAGUUUCGAUGACGACCUCAACGUCUUGAAAUCCAAGGAUCGACAGAAGAUCAAGAGUAUUUGUAGUUCAAUAACACUGAUAGCAAAUGACAGACUGGGUCGUCUUGAGAAAGACAGUCUGUCUGCUCAUACCUUGCUUUGUGAGGAGCUGGAUGCCAUGCUGAAGGAGGCUUCUGAUCACACUUCUGCGGCAGUCAUUACGAAGAAAGCACAGGAGAAAAAGUUCAAGCCUGCAGAUGACACUCGUCUUGAACUCGGGAGCAUCUCAGAAUCAGCUACUGAUCUCACUUCUGCGGCAGCCAUUAUGAGGAAAACAGACAAGAAGACGUUCAAGCCUGCAGACGAUACUCGUCUUGAAAUCGGGAGCAUCUCAGCAUCAGCUACUGAUCUCACUUUUGCGGCAGCCAUUACGAUAAAAGCACAGAAGAAGACGUUCAAGCCUGCAGAUGAUACUCAUCUUGAACUCGGGAGCAUCUCAGAAUCAGCUACUGAUCACACUUCUGCGGCAGCCAUUAUGAGGAAAUCACAGACGAAGACGUUUAAGCCUGCAGAUGAUACUCGUCUUGAACUCGGGAGCAUCUUAGAAUCAGAUCCCAAGUUGCAAGUCAUUAAGUGUGUAGAUCUACGGGGAAUGAUGUCGGGUAUGACCCCGUACUCUGAGGACAGUGUUGCUAUCGGAUAUCUGUAUACACGUGGUAUAGAUAUCAUUGAUUCAGCUGGUAAACAGGAGCAGUAUGCAUACAUAGCAGGUAACAUGAUAUGCUAUGAUCUUAUGUUUCAACAAGACAGGUCGUUGUGCAUAGCGACACCUGGCAGUAAAGCACACAUAUAUUCUCCCAAUGGAUCAAGGAAUUCAACCAUCCCCAGGAUAGGCUAUGGCAUUCUCAGUCUAAACAGAAGUCCAUCAGAUGAAAUCCUCAUCGCUAACAAUGAGAAGAAAGUCUAUAUCUAUGACCCGACGGGAUCCACUCUCAAACACACUGUUCCAACGAAACAGAACAAGACGUGGCAGGUAUCUGCCACUAGGUCGGGUUUGAUCGUCACUAGUUCAUGUGAUUUCACCAGCCCAAGCGUGGUGACGGUCUAUGACAGGGAUGGGAAUGCUGGUAAGUCUCUACAAGCUCCUCUCGGUGUCUGCCUGUUUGCUGCCAUGGAUGAGCAGGACAGGGUGUAUGUAGCGAGUGUUGAUCUUAAGAAUGGUCACGUGGUGAUCAAGCUAUAUGACCUUGAUGGUCUGAACCUGAAGAAGAGAGUUGAGUUCAAUGUACUUAAUCUGACGAUACACGAUAAUCGAUGUCGAGAGCCCCUCUCAUGGGAAGACAGAGACUUGUGA